AUGUCCACCACUUAUCUCCUAGCCUAUGUAGAUGACAUUCUCGUCACGGGCAUCAGUGCCACUGAAAUUGAAAGCUUAAUUCAACAGUUGCAUGCCGUAUUCACCCUCAAAGAUCUAGGAGAAAUGAGCUUCUUUCUCGGGGUUGAAGUGGUCAGGGACUCGCCGGAUUCCCUUCUUCUCAAACAGUCUAAAUACAUCAAAGAGCUUCUAGGAAAAGCCAACAUACCAGAUGCCAAACCAGUGCCAACUUCUAUGCUCAACAGUCCCAAGCUCACAGGGCUUCAAUAUGCUACCAUUACUAGACCUGAGAUUGCUUAUUCUGUCAGCAAGGUGUCCCAAUACAUGCAUGCUCCAUCAGAUCUGCACUGGAAAGCAGUUAAGCGGAUUCUUCGCUACCUGGAUGGGACAAUUGAUCUAGGGUUACAGAUCCACAAGAGUGACACCCUAAGAAUCAUGGCUUUCAGUGAUUCUGACUGGGCCACAGACACUGAUGGUCGCAAGUCCGUAUCAGGAUAUUGUGUUUUCCUUGGCACGAAUUUAGUUACCUGGUCGAGUAGGAAGCAGCGAACAGUCUCAAGGUCCAGCACGGAGGCUGAAUUUUGGGCGUUAGCUGAUGCUAUGACAGACACAAUUUGGUUGCAAAAGUUACUACUAGAGAUGCGCUUACCACCUGGCCCAGCACCUACAAUGUUCUGUGACAACCAAAGCACAGUACUGAUGACCCGAAAUCCAGUUCUCCACAGUCGAUCAAAAUAUUUUGAGAUAGAUCUACACUUUGUACGGAACAUAGUAGUGCAGCAACUAGCUCAUGUAGUUCACAUACCCUCACAAGAUCAGUUUGCGGAUAUACUGACUAAGCUAUUGUCAUAG